AUGACAACAAGCUAUAUGAAUGGCGGAGGUCUUGGAAACCACCGAUAUGCCAGGUGGAAUCGUGAGGACAGCGGAGAGGACUACGGGCGGGCUGAGUGCUAUGGAGAAGAUGAGGAGGGCAGGAAGCGCAGGCUGACCCCAUUUGAGAAGCUAACCCAGGAUAUGUCCCAGGAUGAAAAGGUGGUGAAGGAAUUAACUCUGGGGAAGAGGAUUGGAUUCUAUCGAGUGAGAGGGGAAAUAGGGAGUGGGAAUUUCUCACAAGUGAAGCUUGGAAUUCAUUCUCUAACCAAAGAAAAAGUAGCAAUUAAGAUUUUGGACAAGACCAAGUUAGACCAGAAGACUCAACGUUUACUAUCCCGUGAAAUUUCCAGCAUGGAAAAACUGCACCACCCAAACAUUAUCAGACUUUACGAAGUGGUGGAAACACUGUCGAAACUGCACCUCGUGAUGGAGUAUGCAGGAGGUGGGGAACUCUUUGUUAAAAUCAGCACAGAGGGAAAGUUAGCAGAAAUGGAAAGUAAAUUAAUUUUCUCCCAGAUUGCAUCUGCUGUGAAACACAUGCAUGAUAACAAUAUCAUUCACCGGGACCUGAAAGCAGAAAAUGUAUUCUAUACCAGUAACACCUGUGUGAAGGUGGGAGACUUUGGAUUCAGCACAAUAAGUAAAAAAGAGGAAACUUUAAACACUUUCUGUGGGUCUCCUCCUUAUGCUGCCCCUGAGCUCUUCCAAGAUGAAAACUAUGUUGGUGUUUAUGUGGACAUAUGGGCACUAGGCAUCCUUUUAUAUUUUAUGACAACUGGUACAAUGCCAUUUCGUGCAGACACAGUGGCCAAACUGAAGAAGUGCAUUCUUGAUGGGACAUAUAGCCUGCCUCCAUACCUUUCAGACACUUGCCAGAAACUGAUCAGAGGAGUUCUUCAGCCAGUCCCAACUGCACGAUACUCUAUUGAAUGUAUUAUGAAGAACGAAUGGAUGCAAGGGAUACAGUAUCCAAAAGCCUUGGAUCCAUUUAAACUGGAUCCAAAGUAUUUAGCAGAGACUAGUACCCUCAAAGAGGAGGAAAUUGAAGUGAAAAAUACCUUGGAAGAUUUGGGAAUCACAGAAGAACACAUUCAAAAUAACCGUGGAAGAGAUUCUCGAAGCUCAAUAACUGGUAUCUACCGAAUUGUUUUGCACAGAGUGCAAAAGAAAAGAGUCCUGGAGACUGUUCCUAUAGUCACGCAACCAGAACCCAAAGAGCAAGAUUUAAAGAAAGGUCACAGUUCAUACCGUGGUAUCAGACAUACAUCCAAGUUGUGUUCAAUUUUAUGAAUUGCAUAUAGCAGACUUUACAUUCAGUAACUUUAACAAGGGGUUUUAUUCAUUUCACAGUA